AUGCGUCAAUCACUGCGGAUAUUGAACCUGGAGGUGUCACCCCUUCAGGGCUCCAGAACCCUUUACGUUUGUUCGAUCUGUAGACAGGACGUGCGGCCGCGCCCCGUCCUUGUCCGUCAAUUCCUGCGAAAUGCCUCGAACGCAACACCGCUCACCGAACGAGUGCGCCGCAAGAUUUGGGGAACGGACAAUCCGCCAGGCUUGAAAGAUCCAUAUGGAGGCGAAGGUGUUCUUGAGCGGAAAUGGAAGAAGCAGCCUGGACAACAAGAGGAAGAACCGGCUCGCGCGUCCACUGAAGCUCUGGAAACCCAGAGCGAGGAUGCCUUAUCUGAUACCUACGAGCCUGCAACGACAUGGGAGGGUCUUCCUCGUGUUGGUCACCUAGGGAAGUGGUCAGACCUUCCCCCUACGGAAGCUGAUGCGUUCAAUCCCUUCAUGCUCAAGAAGAAACUGACCAAGGAGGGCCACCUUCAUUUGGCCGCUCACCAAGCCGCAGUCGAAAUCUGCCUGAUGCAUGCGCUGAAGAAGCCGCUCACGAAGAUCUGCGACGUCGUGGAACAUGAAAAGCCCGUUUUCAAACUGAUCUGGAAGUGCAAGAUCGAGCCGAAUGCAGAGAGUCAAUGGGGCCAAUCUUUGGUCUAUCCGGACGACGAAUCGAAGGAUGUUCUCGUUUACAUCUUCGAGCAGAUUGGUGGAGGAGCCGAUACGACUGCAGCACCAACCGAGGAAGAAGUGCAAGAGGACGCUGAGACAGAGGAACAUGAGGAACCCGUCGAAGACUCGAUAUCGCAGGCCCCCACCCCUCCAUUCUUCGGUUACCGUAGUGUGCAGGAUAAGGGAUUCCUCUCCCUGUCAUUGAACGAUCCAGAAACUAAGUUUGCUUUCCUGAAGAGACUGUCUCAGUUGAGCGGUCACUAUUUCCCUGAUCCUGUCAUGCAUUCGAUCUCCACUGUCAAGCAGGCCGUGGAAUACCUUGAGGGAGUCGUCAAUCCGAAGCCCACCAAGUUGGCCGAUCAAUUGGUCAACAACCCCGAGCUUCAGCACCUGCCUAACGUCAAGCUCUUUACCAAGCGACAGACAGCUUUGCACAAGGAUGAGGAAUUGGGUCGGAAAAAGAUCAUUGAAUCUGAACUUCGUGCAAGAGGCCUUAUUGAAUAA